GCAGUAUCUACUACUAUUAAGGAUCUAACGUUUGGAAUCAGUAAUUAGAAAUUAUGACUUUGAUAAAAGAUAUCUGUCUAUCUCUGGAGGUAUUGUUAGAUCACACUCAAAUAGGAUGUGUCAGGUCUAAAGAUGGAAGCUCUGGGGUAGAAGAAAGUCAGUUUACUGAGGUAUUAAAUAAUAAAAUACAACAGCUUCAUGAACACAUAAAAAAGAGUAAUACUUUUACAGAUAUUAUUCAGCAGUUUCCAUUUAACAUUUUUCAGGACAUUCAAACUGUCCCAAUUAAAUGGAGAUUUCUCACUUGUUGCCUCAUUUUUAUUAAGCUUCUUCAAAGAGCAUUAAAUACAGCAUCACAGAAAGAUUCCAAAACAAGCAGCAAUUUCAAGUCUUCAGAGAACCAAAAGAAUAUUUCUUGUGGUCCUCAUGAUACAUUAAGUGUUAGCCAACAUAAAACUGUAGCUCGAUGUGUCCAGUUUAUAUGCGGACUGGGAAUAAUUCCAAGCCUUCUCAGAGGUGUAGGAAUCCCUUUAGAAAGAAGAACAGGAUUUAGCCAGCUUCUUAUAGAAUCUACAGAGGUUUGGCCACCAUGGAAAAAACAUAGACGCUUAGUUGCUUGUGUCAUCAUAUUAAUAGAUUGUUUAAGUAACUCAACUUUGGGUUCUAUGAUUCUAAGCCAACAUGCUGGAGAUCUCCUUGCUGCGCUCAUCCAGUUGUGUUAUGCACCAAUCAAAAAGCUUUCAGAUACGUUUGGUGCUGCUGAUUUAGAAAACCAUGAAAGUAAACCUGAUGGGAGUAGUUAUGAUAUUAAGUUUUCAAAUAUUCUUCAAGUUCUUGAGAAAGUAUCUGGUCCUGCUCCUCAGUCAGAUGAACACCUUAUUCUUGAGAUGUGGGAAGAUCGGCAUUUGUUAAAGCCCAAGCUUUAUAUAGUAAUGAACAGGAUGUACCAACCACUGUUAGUUCGAGAACUGAUUCUCCUUCAGGGAGCCCCUUCACGGUCAUCACUAGAAAAAAAAUCAAUGAGAAGACCCUUACAUAAAGCUCCUAAGUGGCUGCAAUCAACAUGUGGGUUGAUUCUUACUAAUCUUUUAAUGAAGUCACAAGGACUUCUCACUGUAAUUACUGGAGUAUUGGAGUCAUGUUCAGAUCCAGGCUUCAUCUUAACAGAAAAUAUAAACAACUAUGAUUGGAUGAUGUGUGAAGCAAUUGUCAAUCUGGUUGCUCAUUCACCUAUCCAGGCUACAUCUGUUGAAGAAUACUACCAAAAUAUUGGUCACCAGGUUCUGCAUUUGUUGAAAGCUUCAGACAAGGAUAAGAGCAUGCUAAUGCUCUAUGUGGCAAGCAGUACACUGUCCCAGAUGACAUUGAUGAGACGUGACCUUUCUUUUAACUGUAUUCUCAGUCAUAUUUUUAAACCUUUUUUGAAGGUUCUACAUUAUCCAGACAAGGAACAAUUAAAAUUAAAUGACAGUGUUAUUAUUCCUGAAAGUGAAGUAGAAGAUUGUGUGGAACAACUUCACAAAUUGUAUGUUUGUGGUCCUGUUGUAGGUGAGGUCCUCAAGAAAGAACUGAUGCAUGUUUUUUUGCCACUUUUUCAACUAAUGUGUUCAUCACAAAAUGGUAUAUCACACAUAAGAUCAAAAAUCGAGGAUCUCGUGCUCAAUGUUUUCAAAUGGAAUGAAUCAUCUGUGACUGUAAGACUACUUCAUACUUGUGUUUUUGAAUCAGAAGCUCUCUUCAUGGAUAAGAAGAUAAGGUUUGUGAAUGCACCAGGAGGAGGAAUGAUGGUUGUUUAUGACGAAGAAGAGUAUGUCAGUAAUCAAAAAAUUGAUUUGGAUAACUGGUUGACCAGUGAUCAAAAUAAAGUUCAAUGCAUUCUGAGAAUACUCGAAAAAUUGAAUGACAAGACUCUUGAAGUUCAGUUCUUUCUAAGUUUACUUCAGAAACUGACUGAACUUGUUGAACAUAAACCACAAAAAAAAGCUAAUGUGGAGAAAAAAGAUAAUAUCUUUAAGGUUUUGUUAGAAACUGAAGAACAGAAUAUAGUAGACACACAAAGGUUUCGUAACAGCCUUAUUCUACUACAACUUCUUCAGGGACUAAUAGAAACUGUUGGUGAUCAUCUUAUGGAAAAUCGAAGUCAAGUUAUAGAAUUUGUAAAGGCUAUCUUAGAACACAGUGCUCAGUUUCAUCCAAUGGAAAGAAAAGAAGAUCAAGAGCUGGAAACAGAAAGUGUUGCAAUGGCACUGGGAGCUCUAGCGAUGUUAGUAGACCAACCAGAACAGCUGAAGAAAGAAGACUGGGACACACUCAAGAAAUGUCAACACAGUUUACAGAAAAUAGCAGAGCAUCAUCCAACUGAGCAUGUCCAAAAGUUAACUGAGGAACUGAAUAUAACUAUUGGAACUCAUGGAGCAGCAGGGUUGCCCACCUAUGAGAAGAAAAACCAGUAUUCACAAAAAAUAAUUGUGGGUAGGAAAAACCAGAAAGAUCUCUUUCAUAAUGAUUCAGAAAAUAAGAGACAGCAAUGUGUAUUUACAGAUAAUUCAAAGCAAAAUGGUGAUUUGAAAGAGAAUACUAUAAUUAAUGGUGAUAAUGGGAAAGAACAGUAUGUUUCAGAUGCAAAAUAUACAGCCUUUAAUAAUGACAGUUGUCUGCAUGAUGAAGUGUUAUGUGAUGUUAGAGAGACAAAAAGUCCAAACAACAGCUUAACACCUUUCAAGAGAGCAUGGCAGGAACUUCAUGAUCCUUUAUUGCCUGUCAUUGGCCAUGCAUUAAUAACAUUGAAAAACCUCAUUCUUAGUAAAGACUCUGAGACAUUGGAAAGUAAAGAAAAACUUCUUGGACAGUUCCAGGAACAUCUAAGAAAUGGAGACACCUUUAUCUAUUUAUCUGCAGUACAAGGUCUUGCUGCUUUGGUGAUUCAUGACACAGAUAACAUCCUUCCACUUCUCACUAGAGAGUUCUUGAGCAGCAUCAAUACAUGUACUCAUCCAGUUCAUACCACAGUUGUUUUGGGUGAAGUUUUAACAAAUGUGUGCAGAAACCUGGGAACUGUUGCUCCCAAAUAUCGAGAUCUCCUCCUCCCCAUGUUCCUGGUUGGAGUUCGCAAUCCAGAUUAUCAGUUGAGAACAUCCUGUUUAUCCAACUUAGGGGAGAUCUGUAAGUUGCUGAAGUUUUCUCUGGGACCUUAUACACAGGAGAUAUUUCUCUGCCUGAGAAGUGUGAUACAAACAGACAAGUCAAUAGAAGCCAGACGAGCAGCUGUGCUAGUGAUAUCUCUCCUUUUGCAAGGACUUCGGAAAGAGUUGUUUGAAAUAUUAGAGUCUGAAUUGAGAGAUCUUUACCGACACCUGAGACACAUCUAUAAUACGGAUCAGGAUGAAGUUAUGAAGUUACAUGCCCAGGUGGCAUUAGAAGAAAUUAAUGAAAUUACUCGCAAAUAUUUCUCACCACAGCAAUCUCUGACAAAAGAACUAAGAAUUAUUCAAUAAUUUAUAUAAGUUAUUAAUGUGAAUUUAUAUAGAACUAAACUUGUUACAAUUCACCAUAAAACAGGACAUUGAAAAUAUAAUAUUCUGAAGCUAGUUUAAAACACUGAUAAAUGUAAAGAAGUGCAAGAAAUUAAAUUAUACAUUUUAUAACUG